UGGCUGCGAAGGCGAAUCGCGUGCUAAACGAAUUUUGCAAACAGUGCAAUUCUGAGUAAACCCCAAUGACACGAACUGUUUGGUGCGCCCUCUACCCUCUCUACCAGUAGAAAGCGUUCCCCACAAUCGAACAGGACGAGAAAACGUGGUUCAGAGACAUGCGUUUGGGCUGUUGCCUUCUAUCGCCUCUAGUCAAGCGAACGGCCGCAAUGAGUAACGUUCUUCUCACAGAAACUGAGCGUGCAGAGCAUUUAGCGCCUCUGCUAAAAAAUGGGUGGAGUCACAUCAAGGAGCGGGAUGCAAUUCAAAAGCAAUUUACACUGAAGGAUUUCAACGAGGCCUUUGGCUUCAUGUCGCGCGUGGCUCUCCGUGCGGAAAAGAUGAACCACCACCCUGAAUGGAGUAACGUUUACAACAAGGUCGAUAUUACCCUCGUCAGUCACGACGUGAGGGGUCUCUCCAUGAGGGACGUACGCCUUGCCAAGUUCAUUGAGAACGCGUCCAGCGAGAAGUCAGAUUAAAAAUAGCUUCGAAUCUAUUAUCAUGAGUGACGUUCCAUAUUUUUAAAAGUCCAUUUGCCAUAUUACUUGGCGAAUAAGCAGAAUACCAACUUUGUACGCUGUACCUGAGUUUAACUGAAUCGUAUUAAGGCAGUUUUUUGUUAAUUAAGAAAAGCAAGCUUCUAUUAAAAAAAAAUGAGAUUUUACGCGAAGGAUCUAAAUUAUAGUACAAUAUUCAACUUUAGCAUAAAUAAUAAAAGAAUAUGUGCCUGUAAUAAAGCAUUAUAUAUCUUUGCACUUAAUUGGUUUUAUAUAACAUGACUUUGCUCUUAACUUAUUUUUAUCAAUUAACUUUAAGAUAGAGGCUUGUUAUUGGUAUCUGACGGUUGAAUAAUUUAUUACAUUAUAUUCUAACGCAUAUGAAAUUUAUUGAAUUCCAACGGUAACUA